AUGCUUGAUGACAAUGACAGUGACAGUCACAAAGAGAAUGCGGCAGAAGUGCCAGACUCCAAAGACAAGCACAUUCGAGACUGUUGGUUCAGCCUCAAUAAUGCGAACGACGUUGCGCUGAACAUGGAUACUCAUGAGAAUCACACCGAGUACACCGACAGCGACAGUUAUAAUGAAGAUGACGAGGACUGA